AUGGAUGAGAGUGGACCAUCAUGUCUGCGAUGUUCUGAAGGAAAUCUGGGCUGUGUGCUGGGCAAGAAUUUGCAGAGCAUCAUCGACGAGAAGACACACGAGGCGGUCUUACAAGACAUCGAAAACCUGCACAACACUCUGAGAGAAGUCACCAAGAAGAUGGGCCUACCAGAGCCAGCGGCACUACAGAGUUCAACUCUUCAAAAAGCAGCCGAGUCCCCGUCACAGCAGAGCCACUCCGGCCCCGGGCUGACUACCAACGCAGCCCGCUUUGGCGUUGCCGGGCAAGAUAACCAUGGUCCCUCGUGCGACAACUCACCCAAGAUAUCCCCUGAAGACGAAAACCUCCCCCACGUUCCGAUCCAUUCACUCUACGCUCUCACAAAGCUGAGAGCGCUCAGGUCACCAGACGCCCCGGAAGGCCAUUCGAGUCCAGCCCAAGACGACUUCAUUGCCCGAGGUGCCCUACGCCUAGAAGAUGCCGAACGCCUUUUUCGACUCUAUCGAGACCGUUUAGAUGCUUUCAUGUACGGCGUGGGAUGCAAGUACCAACAACUAGAUGAGUUGCGCCGCAAGAGCCCCAUCUUAGCUGCAGCGACCCUGACUGUUGCCUCGCUUCACGACCCUCAGUCAAAUAGUCUCUACGGUGUCUGCAGCUCGGAAUUUCGGCGGCUCAAUGAGAGGUCCAUGUUCGAUCGGCGGGUGAAUCGUGACUAUCUCCGCGCCAUGUGCGUGGCGUCGUACUGGCUCUCCGAUAUGUCGUGGAUGCUGUCCGGGUACGCGAUACGGAGGGCGGCGGAGUGUAACCUGCACAACAGCUAUACUCGCGCCAUACAAGAGAAGAGCGAGGAAGCUGCUGAUGGUGCACGGUUAUGGUACAUAUUGAACAUUUGCGAUCAACACCUUGCCACGUUGUAUGGGAGGCCGGCGAUUGUGCAGGAGGACUCGUCCAUGCAGCAAUGGGAAAGCUUCCUUCAAUCACCAAUAUCGACUGAGGAAGACAAGCGCCUCGCAUGUCAGGUUGCAUUGUUGGGAAUAAUUGGCAGCAUUCGAGAGCUCUUCGGGCCUGACAAGGGUCAACCGACACCGCGAGCCUUUGUUCACCAAAUCACCCACUUCAAUAAGGAGCUCGAUCACUGGAUCAAACAUUGGUCUGAGACGCUAUCAGGCCGCUUCCCUCGCAAAGGCGCUCUCCUCCAUUUUCACUUCGCCAAGCUUCACCUCUACUCCCAUAUCUUCCGAGGCCUCUCAGGAGACAGUCCAAUACCGCACCACUUUCUCGACUGUGCUGCGACAGCAAUCUCGGUAGCCACGUCAACCAUCGACUUCAUCAACACCGACCCGGAUGUCGCCGCAGGGGUAGUCGGCAUGCCGUCCUACCUGCAUUGCAUGACAGCCUUUGCCUGCAUGUUCCUGCCGGCGUGGUGUAGUGGCAUACACCUGGCAAGGCCUCUGGAGCCCAGAGGUCGCUGGUUCGAUUCCAGCCGCCGGCAACUGCUUUAA